AUGUCUACGAGAGGUCGUAAGCGCCCGCCUCCCAGUGGAACAGCUUGUCCAUCUCGAUUUGUUCAAAAUGCGGCGAAACAACCUCAGCUGCCAACACUGACUCGAGCUGGUUACAAUCAUGAGCUGGACAGAGACAGUCAGUUGCUGCGAGCUGCUAGGAAUUAUUAUCCAGAAGGUGAAGGUGACGGCGGCUGUAGUGAGUUUCCUCCAUUAAUGAUGAAGAAAUCAUGGACAAGAGGGGUUCCGUAUCGAGACAGCUUUGACCACGCAAAACCUGUAGACUCAAUAGGAAAUUGCUACACUCGAGCUUCAAAGACCAUGAGAACAAUAAAUAUGCCCCCCAAAAGACGAGUUCCUCCACAAUUGUACGGGCCACUAGGUCCUAAUGGAGAAACGCAAUUCCCUCCUUUGAAGCCUUGGGCUGAGAGGGAAAAGGAACGGUUGGAGGCUCUAAAAAAGGAAAAAGACAAACACAAGCUGCAGAAAGGAUUAGUUCUAUUAGAAGAUUUGGUAUCUGGGGCAUAUGAAAAGAGAAAAGCAGCAGAAGCCGAGGCUAAGAAAAGAAGAAUCGAGAAAAAAAGAAAAGGGAAAGCUGAAGCCGAAUUAGCUGCACAGGAAGCUUUGAAAAAGCAUUUGGCACGUUUAGAGUUUGAAUUACCUCGGGACCCAGACCAGCAGAAAUUAGAGAUGAUAAAAGUGACUGAGGAGGAACAUUAUCGCUAUAUACAUCCGAAAGACUUGGAAAGAAUACAAUACUACCUAACAACGUCUCUUACCAAUGAGCAUCUACCAGAAUAUCCAAUGCAUCUUUAUAAACGAGCAAAAGCAGUAGUGGACAAACAGACCGCAUCUAUUAAGAAGCGUCUAAUGGUACUCACAUAUCAAAUGUGCGUCAAGCAGAGUGAAGCGGACAUUCAAGAGUUCUUCCUUAUGGCUAUGAAAAGAUGUCUUCUGUCCUACGUAUUGUCUGAUCCAGAGGAGUGUGUUCGUCUUCAAAUAGCGUUUCUGCCGCCGCUGUGGCCGGCGUUAGUUGUUCGAGCUCCAAUGCCUUGGCACAAUGACGUCACGCGUGCAAAACACUCGCUCUCUUAUAGAUAUUGCCACGGUAAUCCAAUACUGCUUGAGCUCAGGCGGAUCUGGCAGGAGAGAUACCAAAAUAUAUUCAUAUGCGACAUGGACAAGAUGCAACAGGACCAACCAUUUCCGCAGUACCCUUCUGAUUUUACCGAACGCCUCAAUAAACUGUGUGCUGAAACACGAGCAGAGCUCAUGGAUAACUGGCUCAUCGACGUGGCAGAUACGAUGAUUAAAAUGAGAAAACAUUGGUCCGUGUAUGUCUCUAAGAAGAAACAGGCGUCAACUUUUCAAGUGGAGAAAUUCUUCAGUUGUAUACAUGCUCUGAUGUCAAGACAAGUUAGAGAUUUAGUAGAAAGAAGCGUGUACCAUUUUGCGAAAUAUUUCGAAGAAUAUUGGGAGGGUAACAAUUACACCGGCGAGUACCGGGACUACAUGUUCAUUAAGAGACCUCUGCUUCGUAUCAAAGUGACAGCUCAGCCCGGUUCCACAAAUCUGGUCUUCGAGCCGCCCUUGGAUCAGAUGCGCGUGCUCAUACUCCGCUGGUUUCACUCUAUCAUCAACGUCAACUUUCAACUCCCCAGCGUUGACACCAUCAUGUAUCCUGGUUCUCAAAGGCCAAAUCCUUAUUUAAUGGCUGUAUAUCCCGAUGAGGAGUACAUGACAGAAAUAAUGAAUAGGUGUACAAGACACUUUCAUGUUAAUCGUAUGGGACCCGUUAAUUUUAUAAAUAGAUACCAAGAAUAUUUCUACAUCCUGGAUGGGACUGCAUAUCAGGAUCUUCUAAGCUUUUUUGCUUUGGAACCGCCACCUUAUCUAAAAGAUUUCUCGGCGCGUAUCUACAUGUACGAGGAUCUUCGUGAUGAGAUUGCCUUCCUCCGGAGAGAUAUUCCCCUCAACAUGGUGAUGCUGGACUGCGCCCCCGUCAACGACGUACUGUGGCGGGUCGUAGAUGGAUUACGCUCAUACAUUGUUGAUCAUUUUAUUAUGGUUAACAGGAAGUGGAAUAGACAAAUUUGCAAUGUUUACGAGGAGAUGGCGGCGCGCACGUCUGAAAGUCCGGAGAGUACUGCUCAGUUGGUGGAACUACUCGGAUAUAUACUUACUUGCCGCGACUGCGCACUGUUCGACCUCAGGGAACAAGCGCGGACCACGGCCGAACAUGUACUGUUCUUGAUGCAGCACGCACAUCUAACAUUCGAAGACGUUAACCUCAAUACCCGAGUGUUCCUCUGGCCUUUGGACAUGGAAGAGACCAUAGAACUAACACUUAAAACACUCAACACUAAGAAGACAAUGGCUGAAGAUAAACUGAGAACAAGGAAAGCAAUCUUUGAGGAGAAACUGAAGAAACACGAGAAGGAAUUGGAAUUGUUCCGACGAUUUGACCCACCGCUACUUAAUUUGGAUCUGUUAAAAGAAGUUGUCUCGAAAGUGGACGAGAUUAACAAAAACCUUAUGAAUGACAAACGUGAAGCAGAUGAGAUAAUAAACGAGGAGACCUUGUUGGAGCAGGAACCGUCCGUAUAUUUCAGUCUACAGGCGAUGUUGGCCGGCAUCGAGCCCUUUCACAAACUGUGGCACACUGCAUUUGAUUUCUAUGACGGUUAUGAGAAAUGGUAUCAUGGACCGUUUCUUGGUCUGGACGCUGAGCAGAUCGCUGAGGAUGUGGAGGCCUGGUGGAAGUUGCUGUACAAGCUUGGUCGUCAGCUGUUCGAGUAUCCUGGAGCUAAGCGUAUAGCUGACAUGGUCCGCAAUAAGCUGGAUAAAUUUAAAGUGCUGUUGCCUGUAUUGUGUGCCAUAUGUAACCAGGGUAUGCGCGACCGUCAUUGGGCUCGUAUCAGCGAGCUGGUCGGUGCGGAGGUUAUUCACGAGCCUGAGACUACGUUAGCUGAUAUGGUCGAGCAAGGAGUGCAUGUGUUCGCCACACAGCUUGAGGAGAUCGAACAGUACGCCUCCAAGGAGUACACGCUGGAGAAGGCCUUACUGAAGAUGAAGGACGAAUGGGUCGGGGUCAAGUUCGAGAUCGUGCCGUACAGAGAUACGGGUGUUGGUAUUCUCACUGGGCUUGAUGAAAUUCAACAGCAAUUGGACGACCACAUUCUCAAGUCUCAGACUAUGCGUGGUUCUCCUUAUGUAAAGGCUUUCGAAACUGAAAUGGUUGCCUGGGAAGAAAAACUUAUCUCUAUGCAAGAUAUCCUCGACCAGUGGCUUCAGUGCCAAGCAACGUGGAUGUAUUUGGAGCCGAUCUUCUCCUCUGAAGACAUAAUGCGACAGAUGCCAACUGAAGCACGUAACUUCAGAGACGUUGAUAAGGAGUGGCGUACCAUAAUGUCUGCUACUGGCAAGGAGCCCAUGGUGCUCCCUGCUACUGACUACCCUGGUCUACUUAAGAAGUUGAGGUUCAAUAACGCUCUUCUAGACGAUAUCCAACGUGGAUUGAAUGAUUAUUUGGAAAAGAAGAGACUUUUCUUCCCAAGAUUCUUCUUCCUAUCCAACGACGAACUCCUGGAAAUAUUAUCGGAAACAAAGGAUCCCAUGCGGGUUCAACCUCACCUCAAGAAGUGUUUCGAGGGUAUAUACACGUUAGAGUUCAACGCGGCUAAAGAGAUUGUCGGCAUGGCAUCUUCUGAAGGAGAGGUUGUAGGUCUAUCGUCAUCUAUACAACCAGCGGAUGCGAAGGGAAUGGUGGAACGCUGGCUGCAACAACUUGAACAGCAGAUGAUGAUUAGUCUUCGUGACGUGGCCGCCGAGGCAAUAACAGCAUACACUGUCACUAAGAGGGAGGAAUGGGUUCUCAACUGGCCCGGGCAGAUCGUACAGGCGGGCUCGUGCGUUCAUUACACCAGCGAGGCUAUCGAGGCCAUUGAGACGAAUACUUUACCUGACCUGAUAGACCGCAGUACGGAACAAAUCAAUGGGCUGGUGUAUGUUGUUCAAGGUGAUUUGGAACCAGGACAUCGGAUAACAGUGGAAGCAUUGAUCGUCAUCGAUGUGCAUGGUCGUUCAAUCCUCGAGGAAAUGGAGCUAAAAAAAGUCCGGGAUAUAACGGACUUUAACUGGAUUUCUCAGCUGCGAUACAGUUGGAGAGGUGACCGCAUCACUUGCUCCAUGAUAACUACGGAUGUGGAAUACGGCUUCGAGUACCUCGGGAACAUCGGCAGACUUGUAGCGACCCCGCUAACGGACAGGUGCUAUAGGACUUUAAUGUCAGCGUUGAAGCUGAAUUUAGGCGGCGCUCCCGAGGGUCCGGCUGGAACAGGGAAGACGGAGACAACAAAGGACUUAGCUAAGGCUGUGGCCAAGAAGUGCGUUGUGUUUAACUGCUCAGAUGGACUAGACUAUAAGGCGCUGGGUAAAUUCUUUAAGGGCUUAGCACAAUCUGGUGCUUGGGCAUGCUUCGACGAGUUCAAUCGUAUCGAGCUCGAGGUGCUGUCGGUGGUCGCUCAACAAAUCCUCUCCAUCCAACUCGCUAUACUGAGGCGUGAAAAGCGAUUCAUAUUUGAAGGAACAGAGAUCAGUUUGAAUCCAACUUGUUCCGUUUUCAUAACCAUGAAUCCUGGUUAUGCCGGUCGUACGGAGUUACCAGAUAAUCUGAAGGUGUUGUUCCGUACGGUGGCCAUGAUGGUGCCCGACUACGCCAUGAUCGGAGAGAUAACUCUUUAUUCAAAUGGAUUCGUCAACGCUGGACCUUUAGCUCGCAAGAUAGUUCAAGCUUACAAGCUAUGUUCGGAGCAGUUGUCCUCUCAGAACCACUACGACUAUGGUAUGCGUGCUGUGAAGUCCGUGUUAGUGGCGGCUGGCGCGCUGAGGAAGGCUCUCCCCAAUGUGGAUGAGGCCCAGCUAGUACUGAGAGCCAUUGUAGACGUCAACAUGCCCAAGUUUCUGUCUCAGGAUGUACCUUUAUUCGCUGGUAUCUAUUCCGAUCUGUUUCCGGGAGUGGACAUCUUGCAGCCAGAUCGCUCAGAGCUACUUCAUUGCAUUAACAAAGAACUGGAAAAACGAAAUCUGCAACCAACAGAUUGGUAUCUCGAGAAGAUCAUACAAAUUUACGAAAUGAUGCUGGUUCGACAUGGGUUUAUGAUAGUCGGUCCUCCUAUGGGCGGAAAGACCCAAGCGUACCAGUCACUAGCGGAAUCAUUACGAGCGCUGCAACUAAUGAGACCUCCGCCAAAACAUAAGGAGUUUGGAGCGAUAUAUAGAAUUAUCAACCCUAAAGCGAUUACUAUGGGACAGCUAUACGGAUGUUUCGAUCCAGCUUCCCAUGAGUGGUCAGAUGGAGUAUUAGCUAUAGCGUUCCGUGAGUACGCUAUGUCCGCGUCUCGUGAUCGUAAAUGGAUUCUGUUCGAUGGUCCCGUGGACGCGGUGUGGAUAGAGAACAUGAACACGGUGCUUGACGAUAAUAAGAAGCUGUGUCUUAUGAGCGGGGAGAUAAUACAGAUGACAAACAAGAUGAAUUUGAUCUUCGAGCCGGCUGACCUGGAGUUUGCCUCGCCUGCCACGGUCUCUCGCUGUGGUAUGAUUUACAUGGAGCCUGAACAAUUAGGUUGGCGUGCUUUUCUAACUUCAUACAACACGCACCUCUGUAAGAAGCUGAUUCCGGAGCAAUACGACCUAAUCCAGGAACUCAUUGACUGGCUCGUGCCGCCAAUUUUCCUGUUUCUACUUCGAUGCCGGCAUUUCGUUCAAGUGGGGGAGAUACAUCAGUUUUUUUCAUUCACUCGUCUCUUCUCGUGUUUGUUGGAGGGCGAAUCUCAGGUGAGCACUUUGUGGCUUCAGUGCACAUUCGUGUUCGCAUUACUUUGGGGGUUAUGCGCUACCAUCACUGGUGAAAGCCGAAAAGCUUUCGACUCUUUCUUUCGAAAGCUACUAGAAGGGAGCAACGCAAAUUAUCCGAAACCAAAAUCAUUCAAGCUGACGAAGAACCAGCUUUUCCAGGAUAAGGAUACGGUAUUUGAUUAUGUUUAUGAUAAGCGAAACAAUGGAACUUGGAUAUCGUGGGCUGAACUUGAGAAAGAAGUUCCCCUUGCUGCUAAUGCUAAGGUUAACGAUUUAAUUAUUUUGACAAACGAAAACGCAUGUCUGCGUUUCUUUGUUACUAAAAUGGUGAAGACUAAGAUACCAAUACUAAUUGUUGGUCCAACCGGCACGGGGAAGUCUUCACUGAUUCUUAAUUUCUUACUAACUCUGCCGAAGGAGAAGUAUAUAACGAAUACUAUUAAUUUCUCCGCCAGAACUACUGCCAAUCAGACUCAAGACGUGAUUAUGUCAAAAGUGGAUAGACGUAGAAAAGGUGUUUUCGGUCCUUCUAUGGGAAAAAAGUGCGUGUUGUUUGUGGACGACCUGAGUAUGCCCCAGAAAGAGCAGUGGGGGGCGCAGCCGCCCUUGGAGUUGUUAAGACAGUGGCUGGACCACGGCCACUGGUACGACCUCAAGGAUAUGGUGCGACAAGAGGUCGUCGAUGUGCUUUUUGUAUCAGCGAUGUUGCCGCCCGGAGGAGGUUCUAAUCUGAUCUCCUCGCGUUUGACGCGUCACAUGUUGUUAAUUGGACUAGAUUCAUUCGAAGACAACACCCUCAACAAAAUAUUUGUUACAAUCAUGGACUGGCACUUCGCUAAGGGCUUCACGGAAAGUUUGGCCAGGCAAAGUAAGGCAGUUGUGAGCGCCACAAUGGAAGUAUACAAGGCCGUCACUCUGCAAUUUUUACCAACACCCAGUAAAUGCCAUUACCUGUUUAAUUUGCGUGAUUUUGCGAGGGUUGUGCGUGGUGUCCUUCUAGUUCCAUCAUCACGACUGAAGGAUCUAUCUAAACUUGUGAUUCUCUGGGUACAUGAGACUUACCGGGUGUUCUAUGAUCGCUUAGUGGACGAUGUUGACAGACUGAAGCUCUUUGACGUGGUUUACAAGGCGGUAUACGCCAACUACCGCGUUCACCUGGACCAGGUUCUCACGGAACUGGGUUAUGUGCCUGAAGGAGAGAAAUGCUCUAACAAUCACGCUGCUAACAUCUUCUUCGGGAACUAUAUGGAACCAGACGCGGAUCCGAAAAUCUAUGACCAGGUGUUGGAUCUAGAAGAUAUGGCAGUAAAAAUGGAGUAUUACCUGGAUGAAUAUAACGUGGUGUCAUCAUCUCCUAUGGCCUUGGUGAUGUUCCGAUACGCGCUUGAUCACAUAUCACGCUGUACACGCGUGUUGUUGCAGGAUAAUGGAAACCUUUUACUUGUUGGAGUUGGCGGUAGCGGCAGAAGUAGUGCUGUCAAACUUGCUGCUAGCAUCUUGGAGAUGAAUGUCAUUCAGAUAGAGAUAUCAAGGGUUUACGGGCAAAACGAGUGGCGUGAUGACAUACGGAAGAUGCUGAUGAAGGCCGGUAUCAUCGGGAAACCUCUCGUAUUUUUGUUUGCUGAUAACCAAAUCAUGUAUGAGGGCAUGGUGGAAGAUAUAAACAUGCUUCUAAAUACUGGUGACAUUCCUAACUUAUAUGGGAUGGAUGAGAAGGUCGAGAUACUAGAUAAAAUGCAAGCUGUCGUGAGGGAAUCUGGCAAAAAAAUAGAAACUACACCCUUGGCGAUGUUUGGUCUGUAUGUAGAACGUGUGAAAGCUUCUCUACGUAUUGUGCUGGCUCUGUCACCUAUUGGAGACUCUUUUCGAAAUAGAUUGAGAAUGUUCCCCUCACUUAUAAACUGCUGUACAAUUGACUGGUUCACAGCUUGGCCACCGGAAGCACUGGAGCGUGUGGCAUCCAUGUUCAUCGCUCGUAUGGAAAACGUAAGCGCCGAGUUGCAGGAGGCGUGCGUCACGAUUUGCCAACUAUUUCAUAUGAGUGUUGUUGCGCUCAGCGACAGAUUUUUUACCGAGCAAAACCGAAAGGUUUAUGUGACACCUACGAGUUACUUGGAGCUAAUAAAAGCAUUUCAAAAUCUCUAUGCGCUUAAAGUUGAUCAGAUAACGAGAUCCAGAUUGAGAUAUGAGACGGGUCUGGAACAACUAGAUUUUGCAGCUGGGCAAGUGGCUGUGAUGCAACAGAACUUGAUCGAUCUCCAGCCGCUGCUUGUAGACACUUCAGAUAAAACAGAGAAACUCAUGAUAAAGAUAGAGCAGGACACCGUGGUCGUGGAGAAACAGAAAGAGAUCGUAGGAGCCGACGAGGCUCUUGCUAACGAAGCAGCGGCCGGCGCUCAAGCAAUGAAAGAUGACUGUGAGUCUGAUCUAGCUGAAGCUGUACCCGCCUUACAAGCGGCUCUUCACGCCUUGGAUACAUUAAAGCCUGCAGAUAUCACUCUUGUCAAAGCCAUGAAAAAUCCUCCGUCAGCCGUUAAACUAGUUAUGGAGGCAGUAUGCGUCAUGAAAGGCAUUAAGGGUGAUAGAAAAAUGGACGCCAAUGGUAAACCCUAUGAAGAUUUUUGGGGUCCAUCGCAAAAGAUGCUGGGUGAUAUGAAGUUCUUAGAGAGUCUAAAAAAUUACGAUAAGGACAACAUUCCUGCAGCUAUUAUGAAAAAAAUCCGAGACAAGUACAUCCCAGACCGCGAUUUUGACCCAGCAGUUAUUGCAAAAGUUUCGAGCGCUUGCGAAGGACUGUGCAAGUGGGUUCGAGCUAUGGAUGUGUACGAUAGAGUCAUUAAGGUGGUAGCUCCCAAGAAGGCGGCUUUAGCUCAAGCAGAAGCGGAACUUCAAGCGCAGAUGAACACGCUCAAUGAAAAGCGAGCCCAGUUGCAGAGUGUUCUCGACAAAUUGCAGGCUCUGAAUGAUGAGUUCGCUGAAAUGACGCGAAAGAAGAAGGGAUUAGAAGAUGAGAUUGCUCUGUGUUCUACCAAGUUGUCCCGCGCUGAACAGUUGAUUGGGGGUCUUGGUGGGGAGAAAGCACGUUGGACGGAUUUAGCACAUCAGCUGGAAGAACUGCUUGGCAAUAUUAUUGGUGAUGUAUUACUAGCCGCGGGAUUCAUCGCCUAUCUUGGUCCAUACACCGUUAAUUACAGAAGAGAAUUGAUACAAAUGUGGAAUGACCGUACUAAGGAAUUGGAAAUCCCCUGUUCGUUGAACUUCUCUCUGAUCAGUACGCUGGGUGAACCGGUGGUCAUCCGAGCUUGGAACAUAGCCGGUCUUCCAGUAGAUGCCUUUUCCAUCGAGAAUGGAAUUAUAGUAGAACGAUCCAGAAGGUGGCCACUGAUGAUCGACCCUCAAGAGCAAGCGAACAAGUGGGUAAAGAAUAUGGAGCGCGAAAAUCAACUUAAAGUAAUAAAACUAACCGACGCGAACUACGGACGAGUUUUGGAAAACGCUAUUCAACUGGGACUACCAGUCAUACUAGAGAACAUUCGGGAACAACUCGACGCGAUGCUGGAACCUGUAUUACUUCGAAAUAUAUUUAGGUCUGGAGGCAUAGAUUGUCUGAAGCUUGGUGACAAUAUUCUUGAGUACAAUCACAAUUUCCGUUUUUAUAUCACGACGAGGAUAAGCAAUCCACACUAUUUGCCAGAAAUUGCUGUCAAGGUUACAUUAUUGAACUUCAUGAUAACUCCUCAAGGGCUGCAGGAUCAGUUGCUUGGGAUCGUAGUAGCACAAGAUAGGCCGGAGUUAGAAUUGAAGAAGAACCAGCUUAUUGUGGAGGGAGCUAACAACAAAAGGACAUUGAAAGAAAUUGAGGAUAAGAUUCUAGAGGUACUUUCCUCAGCUGGAAAUAUUUUAGAAGACGAAUCAGCAAACCAGAUACUGUCAUCAUCUAAGAUAUUGUCAAUCGAGAUAGAAGCGAAGCAAGCGACAGCAGCGGUCACUGAGCUAGAGAUAGAUGAAGCGAGACAGCUAUAUGUGCCCGUCUCCAAACACAGCUCUGUGCUGUUUUUCUGUAUCUCUGAUUUAGCUAACAUUGAUCCCAUGUACCAGUACUCGUUGAAUUGGUUCAUAAAUCUAUACAACCAGGCUAUCAUGGACUCCCCAAAAAGCGACAACCUCGACGAACGUCUGAGCGGACUUAAUGCGUACUUCACGCGCAGUAUCUACGAGAACGUCUGUCGAAGUCUCUUUGAAAAGGACAAGCUUAUUUUUUCUCUUGUUCUCACGCUUGGGAUACUAAGAGCUAAGGGUAUGAUCGACGAUGAGCUGGUGUCCUUCCUCUUGACGGGCGGAGUUGCACUCGAAAACCCAUACGAGAACCCUGCACCUGUCUGGCUUUCAGAGAAAUCCUGGUCAGAGAUCGUGCGCAGCAGCAACCUUAACGGAUUACAAGGAUUCAAAGAGAACGUUGAAGAAAAUAUCGACGAUUGGAAAGCUUUCUACGAUCUGUCGGCGCCCCACGAGAAUCCAUUGCCUCAUCCCUACGAGGAUAUCAAGGGAAUCCCCAAGCUUAUAAUUUUGAGAUGUAUACGUCCUGACAAGUUGAUACCUCUAGUCCAACAAUAUGUGAUAGAGGAGAUGGGGCAAAUUUAUGUAGAACCCCCGCCUUUCGACUUGGAGAAAUCUUACCACGACAGUAACUGCUGCUCGCCGCUUAUAUUCAUACUAUCCGCCGGUUCCGAUCCCAUGUCUGGUCUGGUGAAGUUUUCUAUGGAGAAGAAAGUCAUUUCCUUCGAGACAAUUUCUCUGGGACAAGGACAGGGUCCGAUAGCAGCGAACAUGAUAAAACAGGCAACAAUAACAGGCGGCUGGGUGGUGCUUCAGAACUGUCACGUGAUGGACUCGUGGAUGGGCGAGCUGGAACGCAUCUGCAGCGAGGUGUUGUCUCCUCACACCACGCAUCCUGCUUUCCGCUGCUGGCUCACCUCCUACCCAAGCAAAGCCUUCCCCGUCACCGUAUUACAGAACGGUGUAAAAAUGACAAACGAAGCACCAAAAGGUUUAAAGAACAACAUCUAUCGGUCGUACAUAUCGGACCCCAUCUGCGACCCUGAGUUCUACAUCUCCUGCCCAAGAACGGAAGAAUGGAGGAGGUUGUUGUUCGCCCUGUGCUUUUUCCACGCCAUCGUGCAAGAGAGACGAGCCUUCGGACCUCUUGGAUGGAAUAUACAGUAUGAGUUUAACGAGAGCGACUUGAGAAUCUGCAUCAUGCAACUGCAGAUGUUCCUGACGGAAUACACGGAGACUCCAUUCGAUGCUCUCAACUAUUUAGCUGGCGAGUGUAACUAUGGAGGGAGAGUGACAGAUGAUAAAGAUAGGAGGCUUAUACUAUCGCUACUAUCCAUAUUUUACAACGAGGACGUCACUACAGAUAUGAACUAUUCAUUCUCUCCGAGUGGUGAUUACCGCAUACCACCCAGCAUGGAUUAUAAUUCGGUGUUGGAACACAUCAAAGCUUUACCGAUGAUCGCCAAACCAGAAGUGUUCGGUCUCCAUGAGAACGCUGAUAUAACUAAAGACAAUAAAGAAACUGCUGCGUUACUCUUCGGUUGUCUAUUAACACAGACGAGUAUCGUGUCAGGCGGCGGGGGGGAGGGCGGCGAGGGGGGAGGUGUGGUCGAACUCACGAAGGACCUUCUCGCUCGUAUGCCAAAACCCUACGAUGUUCUCGCGGUGUCUGAAAAGUAUCCUGUACAGUACUAUAACAGCAUGAAUACGGUUUUGAAGCAAGAACUGAUUCGCUACAACCGCCUACUGAGCGUAGUGGCUCGUACGUUGGAUGGUGUACACCAGGCGGCGCAGGGACUGGCAGUCAUGAGCGCUGAGUUGGAACAGUGCCAUGCUGCCUUCGCUAAGGGUAUCGUACCCGAAGCUUGGAUGUCCAAGUCCUAUCCCUCCAUGAAGCCACUCGGAUCAUACGUAGCUGACUUCCUGGCCAGGUUGAAAUUCCUUCAAGACUGGAUAGACGAGGGACCGCCGACCGUCUUCUGGCUAUCGGGCUUCUACUUCACACAAUCAUUCCUAACGGGCGUACUUCAGAACUACUCGCGUCACAACCGUAUACCGAUUGAUCAAGUACAUUUUGAAUUCACUAUAACCAGCAUGGAAUCCGAAUGUGAGGAGGAACCUAGCUUUGGAGUCUAUUGUAAGCAAAAUCAACUUGUGGAUAAAAAAGAUCAGGAACACAGUGUAUUUGUAUGGGGAUUGUUUCUAGAAGGUGCCAGAUGGAACAGAGAGACAAUGGAACUUGACGAAUCCUAUCCAAAGAUUUUGUUCGACACCAUACCCAUAAUUUGGUUUCAACCGGCCCUGAUAGUGAACUUCCAUCCACCUCCUUGCUAUUUCUGUCCUACCUAUAAGACUAGCGAGAGGAAAGGUGUUCUAGCUACAACUGGACAUUCGAGUAAUUUUGUGAUGUACAUCACUUUGAGGUCAGAUAUCCCGGAGAAACAUUGGAUAAACAGAGGAGUGGCUUCUUUGACCCAACUUGAUGAUUAA